AUGCAAUUAUCAAAUAUCGUUGCUGCUUCUAUUGCUUUAGUUACUGUUCAAGCUGGUUAUGCUCAUUAUUCAAAAUGUUGUGAAGAAGAUAGUGAAAUUACUACUUUUGCUGAUGAAUUUGCUUUAGGCGUUAAAGUUUGUGGUGAAGAUGAAAUUUAUGUUGUUUUUGAAAUUGGUGAUGGUCAAUUAGAAAGAUCUUGUUCAACUUAUGAUUGUCAAUCAUGUUAUACUCCUGAACCAAUUACUCAAUGUCAAGAAGAAUAUGACUGUUAUACUGAUGAAUGUGAACCAGAAUGUGAAACAAAAUAUUAUGGAAAAGGUAAACAUUAUGGAAAAGGUAAACAUUAUAAAAGAGGUGAUUAUUAUAAAUAUAAAUCUUAUGAUACAUAUUCAGAAAAAGAUUUAUGUUAUGAUCAUUGUACUGUUUCAGAAGAUUGUUAUGAUUAUUUUACUUUAUGUGAAACUAUUUUAUAUGAUUAUCAACAUAGAAUUGGAGAAAUUGUUUCAAAUCAUCAAUUCCAAUUUGAUGAUGCUAUUCAAGCAGGUGCAUUAUAUUCAAAAGGUUGGAGUAUCGUUUACAAAGAUGGUUACUACUUAUUAGCAUUAUGUGGUAAAACAGAAUUCUACGAAUGUCCAGUCAAUGACUGUGACCUUUAUAAAUUAUAUGAUGAAUCAAUUGAUAGUAAAUGUCAUAAAGUUGAAAUUGUUAUUAUUUUUAAAAAAUGUGAUUAG